GAUCCUCAGACGCGCGCUGUUGCAGAUGUGCAGCCUGGCAGCGCUGGCGCGCGGCUGCCGGCCCGCCGCCAAGCCGUGCUGCCUGUGCUGGUGCUGCUGCUGCUCCUGCUCCUGGGCCAAGUGGCUGGCGGCGCGCGGCGCUGAGGCGGGCCCCGGCAAGAAGCCGCGCGACGCCGGCCCGCACGAGCCGCUGCUGCUGGACGGAGACGCGCCGCCGUCGCUGGAGGAGGUGCGCGGCUGGGGGCAGUCGUUCGAACGCCUCAUGCGCAGCGCGGCGGGUCGCAAGGUGUUCCGCGACUUCCUGCGCGGCGAGUACUCGGAGGAGAACAUCAUGUUCUGGCUGGCGUGCGAGGAGCUCAAGCGCGAGAGCGACCCCGACGCCGUGGAGGAGAAGGCGCGCUUUAUCUACGAGGACUACAUCUCCAUCCUGUCGCCCAAAGAGGUGUCGCUGGACUCGCGCGUGCGCGAGAGCGUAAACCGCAACAUGGUGGAGCCCACGCCGCACACGUUCGACGAGGCGCAGCUGCAGAUCUACACGCUCAUGCACCGCGACUCCUACCCGCGCUUCGUCAACUCGCCGCUCUACAAGACGCUGGCGCGCCUGAGCGCGCCCGAACCGGAGCCCGCCGCGCCGGCCGCGCCGCCCGCCGCGCCGGCCGCGCCGCUGGCCGCCGUCACGCACCACGGCGCGCCGUGA